AUGGAUCGAUUCAUCUCACGGAAGAGGCCCCGGAGCCCUCCGGCCUCGCCCCUACCCCCACCACCAACAGACGAAGACGCCACGGACAUGAAGCUCGCCCUGCUGAUGUCACUAUUCCCCGAGAUGGCCCUAGAAACACUCAUGGAGAUCCUUGUUUCCAGCGGCGGCUGUGUUGAAACCGCCUCGUCCACGAUCACGGCCCAAAACACCGCCGUCCAAGCCCAUCCGAACAAGAAGCGCGCAACACCAGGGACCCCAGCCAUCCAAACAUCCCUAACCACCCACAUCCAACCACCCACUCUCACACUCACACCCACCACCACCAAAAGAACUCUCACAAAAAAAGGCCAAACCCUCCACCUCUACUCCCCCACCGACAUAGCGCUCCACACCCCCUGCACCGUGAUCCACAACUUCCUCCCUUCCGCCCAAGCCAACGCGCUCCUCGUAGAACUCCUCAACGAGUCGCCGCACUUCUCGCGGUACAAGUUCCAGCUCUUCGACCGCACGGUGCAAAGCCCGCACUCGGCGAGCGUGUACGUCUCCACUCCGGAGGAAUACCGCCAGCACACCUCCGAAUACACGUACGGGGGCACGUACCGGUCCAACGUGCGGCAAAUCACGCCGCUCAUGCGCGCCAUCGCGCCCAAGGUGCAGGACACCGUGAACGAGGCCAUCAGGGCGCGGAUCCGCGAUACUUACCCCUUUGGCGAGAGGCUCAGAUACCAGAGUUCGAAGGAGUGGAAGCCCAACGCCGCGUUCGUGAACUGCUACGAUGGCCCCGCGGAGAGUGUCGGCUUUCACUCGGAUGAAUUGACCUAUCUCGGUCCUCAGGCCGUCAUUGGCAGUUUGAGUCUCGGCGUGGAACGCGAAUUCCGCGUGAGGAGAAUCGUUCCCGAGGAUGGUGAGAUAGCUUCACCCUCACACCUCCCCUCUCCUUCAACUCCCCCAUCCACCCCCUCAGGCCAAAUAUCCCUGCAUCUCCCCCACAACACCCUCCUCAUAAUGCACGCCUCCAUGCAGGAACAAUGGAAACACGCCAUCCCCCCGACCCCCACCAUCUCCCCGCACCCUGUAUCCGGCAACCGCCGCAUAAACAUCACGUACCGGUGGUACCGCAGCUCGCUGCACCCGCGGAACACGCCGCGGUGUCGGUGCGGCGCGCAUACGAUCCUGCGGUGCGCGCAGCGCACCAGUAACCGGGAGAAUCGCGGCAGGUAUAUGUGGAUGUGUUAUGCGGGGUUCGUGCCCGGGAGGAAGGGGUGUGGGUUUUUUAGAUGGGCGGAGUUUGAUGGCGAUGGGGAGCCGGUUUGGGGUCGAAAUGGGAAUGGGGAGGGGGAGGGGGAUGGGGAUGCGCCGAGGUUGAGGGAUUUUGUUGAGGAGGAUGGGGGAGGAUAUGAGACAUGCUGGGCUUGGUUCGUCCAUGCGCCCAAAAUGGAUGGCAGACUGGCGUAUGGCCAGACCUAG